AUGCGUUUCGCAGCUUUCACGUCGCUGGCUGCGCUUGUGCCCGCUUUGACGCUCGUCGCAGCACAGGAUGGCUCCGCCAUCUCGGCGACUUCUGUGGUCAGCGGCGUAGCCUCGAGUGCUAGCGUUACUGGUGCAGCUUCUUCCGUCACCAGCGCGGCUUCGUCCACCAUCACCAGCGCUUCCGGAACUGGUACUUCUGAUUCAGCUGCUUCCAGUGCUUCUGUCAACCCGUUGACCGAAAAGCCUCCGGCAGCUGUGCCCUCAGCCACGGGCAGCCCCACCGGUUUCAUCCCCACAGGCGCUCUUCCGCCUUCGCAGGAUCUUUGCUCGUCGCCCAUCUACUGCCCUGGUCCUCUUCUCCAGGCGGUGCAGCUCGCGGGUAUCUUUGAGGACAGCAAGACGUUUGUCGACAAGCCGACCUCCAAGCCCGAAUCCGAAGUCGUCGACAACUUCAACCGCUUGGGUGGCGGUAAUACCAGCAACAUUACGUAUCAGGAGAUCGUGCAGUUUGUCCAAGACAACUUUGUUGCAGAAGGUGUCGAGCUGGUACCUGCCGACCUGGGUGACGAAUUCGUCGAAGACCCCGAAUUUUUGACGCGAGUCGAGGACGAAGUGGUCCGCGACUGGCUCAAGCAGGUUCACAGCUACUGGGAGCUGCUUGCCCGUACAACCAAUUCGUCCAGCCCUUCAGGAGCGCAGUGCGAUGGCUGUGUGUCUUCGUUCAUCCCUUUCAACGAGAGCCGUGUGUUUGUGAUUCCAGGAGGCCGUUUCCGCGAGCUCUACUACUGGGACACUUUUUUCGUCAUCGAGGGCUUGAUCACCUCGCAGCUGCAGUCAGUCGUCAAGGCGAUCCUUGAAAACUUUGGUGAUCUCAUCGACAGGCUCGGCUUCAUCCCCAAUGGCAACCGUAUCUACUAUGAGAACCGGUCGCAACCGCCCUUCUUUGCUCUAAUGGUGGACAAGUACAUCGAGGCCUACAACGACACGUCGGUACUCGAGCGUUUCUUGCCACUGCUCGAGCGUGAAAUGUGGUUCUGGAAAAACAAUCGAACCAUCGAAUUCACGUCUCCUUUCACCAACAACACGCACAACGUAACUCACUACAAGGUCGAUACUUCGGCGCCACGUCCAGAGAGCUACUUGGAAGACUACAAGACAGUCCAAGACGCUGGCGAGUCGGGUCUCGAGCUCAAUGAUACGCAGAAGGCUACGCUUUACUCCAACAUUGCGGCAGGUGCAGAGAGCGGCAGCGACUACUCUGCUGCUCGUUGGUCAUCUCGGCCCACGAUCAACUUGAGCGAUACGAUUCCCGCUCAGCGUUUCCUGGAAACGGCUGCGCAGCUUCCGGUGGAUCUGAAUGCCAUCUUGUUCGCAUGUGAACAGAAGCUCUCGGCUUUCUACAAGAUCUCUAGCAACCAGACUCAGGUCAAUGCUACGCGUGCCAAUUACUGGGCACAGCAGGCUCAGGCACGCAAGGAAGCCAUCCUUGACCUCUUCUGGGACCCCAGCAAGAGAUUCUUCUACGACUUCAACACCACGCUGGGUGAUCGCGCACCCUUCUUUACUCCGGCCGGUUUCUUCCCGCUCUGGGCAAAGAUCCUGCCACAGGAGUUCGUCAAUGAGUCGAUCAGCAUCGAUCAGCGCAGACAGAAUCUGCAGGGAGUGUUUUCUGGACUGCGCUACAUCAUCGACCGCUUUAAUGGCACGCUUCCCGCUUCGCUCGUCACGACGGGUCAGCAGUGGGACUUUGCCAACGCCUGGCCACCUCACACGUACAUCGCACUUGAAGCGCUUCGAAAUGUGCCGGACAUACUCGGUGCUGGUGCUCAACUUGCUGCCGAGAACGGAAGCUUUGCGUUGAUCCCGAUGCACAACGGUACGAACCAGCUCGGUCAGACACAGGACAGCCUUCCGGUUCAAGGACUCGAGAACCAGCCUGGUAGCGCGAUCAACGAGACGCUAGCUGGUGCUACGGAUCCCAACAACGCUGCUGUGGAGCUCAAGCCCGCUUUGAACACGGGCAAUACGACCAGUGGCGAGAGCUGGCGCGACGAGUUGGUGCGCGAACUCGCCAAUCGAUACGUCGCCUCGGCCCUUUGCUCGUGGAGGGCCACAGGUGGAAAACUCAACACUACCGAUCCCGCGUUCCAGCCGGUUGCGGAUGACGUGCUUACCGCCAACGGCCUGAAUGCUUCCACCGCGAUCGGUAACAUGUUUGAGAAGUUCAAUGCCUCGGACAUCAAUGCUGCCGGGUCCGGUGGAGAGUACGUGGUCCAGACAGGCUUCGGCUGGACCAACGGAGUGGCCAUCUGGUUGGGAGGUCAGCUGGGCGCCAACCUGACUAGACCCGAUUGCCCUCCCGUAAUCGCACAGAACACUACCCCUGCUGAAGCAUAG